CCGCCGCUGCAGGAGCAGCAGGAGGAGGAUCAGGAGCAGGGGCGGAGGGCAGCUCGUCACUGGUAACCAUGUUUGACGGGCGGUCGGCGUGUGCAUCCGCGUUAUUAGCCGCCACGGACGAGUUUGGGGCGAGCAAGAUGAUCACGAGGGGGCCGGGCCCGAGUGGCAGCACGGCGUUUGUGGCUGACAUGCUGGUGGAUGGCCCAAUGUUGGUGGCAAAGCUACUGCCCACUGUGACGGAGCAAGGCGAGGACGGGGAGGAGUUUCCUGUCCCUAUGAACCUCAACAUGGAGGAAAUGCGCGCGCUGGCGGAAGUAGACCACCCGAACGUGCUGCCGCUGCUGGGGUGCUGGGAGGACGAGAUCACCGGCCGGCGCGUGCUGCUCUACGAGCUCAUGCCCAACGGGGACCUCAACGACUUCCUGUAUGACGAGGAACUCUCCGAAAAUUCACUUACGUGGGACGCCAGAAGGCGAGUGGCGUUGGGAAUAGCCCAGGGAGUGGCGCAUCUGCACACACUCACUCUCCCGCGCCCACCUGGCUCCCAGCUCGCCCCUGACCCGCUCGUGCAUGGGUCGCUGCACCCGGGGAACAUACUGCUGGGGGACGAUGGGGAGGCGAAGCUGACCGAUACUGCAGGGGCGCGCAUUGCCUUUGACUCGGAUGAUGUGCAUGUGGCGCCUGAGACGCUGGGGUACACGCCUCCUGAGUACAUGUCAGGCCCGACAACAGCCACCCCGGAGGGAGACGUGUUCAGCUUCGGUGUCGUCUUGCUUGAACUAUUGACAGGGAGGCCGCCCCUAGACCCGUGGUUUGCAGAGAACGAGCUGGGGGACGUGAUUGGGUGGGUGAACGUGUGCGUGGAGGAGGGGGCAGCGGGGGACGUGUUGGAUCCACGAGUGGCUGAUAUAGCAGAGUGUGAAGGCGAGAUGCUGGAGGUUCUUAAGAUCGCCUUGGUGUGUGUGGGGGAGGAGGCGGAGGAACGGCCGUCCAUGGCGGAUAUUGUGUCGAUGCUGGAAAGGGUGGGGGAUGAAGGGAGCGGGUAG